AUGACCUGUGAGUGGUGCCACCAGCCCAGGGAGCCCUUAGUGGCCAACCAGUAUAGGGAUGUCGGCGCGGCCCAUGACCGGGCUUCUGUGUGGGUCCCAUGGUUCUUCAGAUUGUUGGGGCUCUGCACCAUGAUAACUGGUGGCUGCAUCCUCUUACUACACUGGAGGAAGAACCUGCAGAGGAGGCAGCGUGCCCAGCAGUGGGUGGAGGUGAUGAGAGCUGCCACCUUCAGUUACAGCCCACUGCUGUACUGGGUCAACAGACGAUGCAGACAUGGCAUGACUGCAGCGAUCAGAAUAGGCCCUCCUCAGGCUGUUGCCAAUAUUGACAUUCAACUCCAAAUUCCGGAUCUUCCAUCAGAGCCGCACCUCCAUGAAGACAGGCGUCAUGCCUUCAGAGGCAGCAGCCCCCAGGCAGAAGCCCCCGUUCCCCUGCAGCCUGCUCUGGUGGUCCCACAGCAGCCCUCACCUAACGGGAUGCCAGAGUGACAGACCCCAUCCCCCUUCCCAAUUGUCUUUUGGGAGAUCCCCUCUGCCCCAACCCUCUGCAGCCUGAACUUUUCUCCCAUACUGGAGCAUUCUGCCUCCUACCCCUUUCUUGAGGGUCCUGAAAGCCAUGUCCACUUCUAUUCCCUUUCCACACUGACCCAAUGGGAUGAUUCAAUGGAAAGGGAGCUCCCGGAUCUGCGAGCCCAAGUAUCUAAACAGGAAAAGCUCCUUGAGAGCACGGCUGAGCGUCUGAGGACUGCCAACCAGCAGGAGAACAUGGAGCAGUUCAUUGUCAGCCAGCGUGAAAUCCUUAAGGGCCCUGCUGUGUGUUCCAGCCUUAAGAUCCUUGCCUUCCAGGAGCCACACAAGAAUCAAAGCCACCACAGGUCCCUUACACAUGAGGAAGCCUAG